AUGAAUUUGAUGUCCUUGAUUAAACCUUUUAUAUUUGCCUUGAUAAUAUGUUAUGAAUAUUACCAAAAUGAUGUGAAUAACAGCGAACAUAUAUUUAAAAAACACAAUGCGGUAGUUACACUAUCAUCAAGAAUUAAUAGAUUAUUAGCAGAAUGUGGAACAGUAUCAAGUACGAAUCCUCUAAGUUUACGUCGCCAAAAAGAAAAGGAAUUCGAUACCGAAUCACCCCAAACAAAAUUGGAGGAAUAUAUAAAUGAAAAGGAUAUUGCUAAUUUAGAAAAUUAUAUAAAAGAAAAUAUUAAUAAUAAUAGUAAUAUUAUUAUUGAUGGUGAUAAUGCUAAUAAUAAUGAUGAUGAUAAUGAUGAUGAUGAUGAUGACGAUGAUGAGGAGGAAGAAGGAUAUUCUUCGAAUUACCUAACACACGAUAAACGAAAUACCUUAAGAGAUGAUUAUGUACCACAUAAGGGAUCUUUUUUGGGUUUUAAUAAAAAGAAAAUUAAAAAAUAUAUGACCGAUACGCAUAUGCCAUCAGGAUUUCUUGGUGCUUCAACUUUUAUUAUUGGUAUUCCAGUUAACCAAGGAUUGAACCUUACUAACAAAUAUGCUCCUGCUGAUAUUGGUAAUUAUGUUUUAACCUUAACUGGAUUUUCAUAUUUCCUAAGAUUUCUUUAUAAUGUGUUUUUUAAAACCAGAAAAGUAAAUAUUUAA